CAGCAGUCGCUUCCAGGAAGUGGCGACGGUUAAAGUUUCGCAUGCCGACUCAGGCACUGACAGGGCCGCGCUGUGAGAGAGUCAGAGGUUCGAGCGGCCAUGUGACGCCACCAGCUUCCUGUCUCCGAAGGAGCUUUUCUCUUUCAACAUCACGGUGAAAUUAAUGUGGCGGAGAAAUGGCGAGCGCAAGAAUAACAAACAUUCAAAAUGUCCCGAAGAAACCUGCCGUGCCGCUCCCUGUGCAGAGUGCCGGAGCAGUCCAGAUGAGGAUAAAGAGCUCCACAAAUACAGGCGAGCGGCUGAGCCAGACCAAGUCCAUGGUUAUCCCAGAUCCUGGACAGCCACAGUCCCAGAUAUCUCGCCAUCGGAGGAAUCAGUCUCAGCAUAACCUGGUGGGCAUCAGCAGAGCCGCACAUCCUAAUUCAAUGAAAGGUGAAUAUCUGAACAAGGCGAAGAUAGCAGAUGGAGGCAAGAAACUGAGAAAAAACUGGACCUCAACUUGGGUUGUCCUUGAGGAUAACCAGCUGCUGUUUUACAAAGAAAGCAAGCAGGAAGCCUUAAGCAAUUUGAAGCCAGGAUGUAAACCAGAAAAGGUUGACCUCUGCGGGGCUAUAGUUGAAUGGACGACGGAGAAGUCAAGCCGAAAGCACGUGUUUCAGAUUACAACCAGCUGUGGACAAGAGUUUCUGCUUCAAGUUGACGAUUAUCCAACAAUAUGUAAAUGGCAUGAUGCUAUAAAGAACACAGCUGACAUUCUGUCAAAAACAGGGUCAGGAAGACCCAACUUGCGCAGAUCCAAUAGCAGCGAGUUUGUGUUCCGGAGGGCCGAUUCGCCUGUCAGAAAAGAAGUGAGGCCAGAAAAUAGACGAUCCCUUAUUUUCAAGCUGAACUACAGUGCCUCAGACAGCGCAGACAAAAACGGGGUGAAAAACAGACUCAAGAAGUUUAUUUCCAGACGUCCUUCCAUGAAGACUUUGCAAGAGAAAGGCAUCAUCAAGGAUCGAGUAUUUGGGUGCCAUUUGCUGACCCUUUGUGAGCGUGAAGGAACUACGGUGCCUAAAUUUGUCAAGUUAUGUCUGGAGGCAGUGGAAAAACGAGGUCUUGAAGCUGAUGGCAUAUACCGAGUAAGUGGCAAUUUGGCCAGUAUCCAGAAGUUACGAUUCUUAGUUGACCAAGAAGAGGAGCUGAAUUUGGACGACAGCCAGUGGGAGGACAUCCACGUCGUCACCGGAGCGCUGAAGAUGUUUUUCCGGGAGCUUCCGGAGCCCCUCUUGCCAUUCCGCUUCUUCGAGCCCUUUGUGGAGGCGAUAAAGACGAGGGAGCAUGCACGGCGGCUGCAGACUGUGAAGAAGCUGGUCCAUCAGCUCCCAAAGCCCAACCAGGAAACCAUGAAGGUGCUCUUCAGACACUUCCAAACGAUCCUCACCAAGUCAUCAAAGAACCUCAUGUCCACCCAAGGCAUUGGCAUCGUGUUUGGCCCAACACUUCUGUGGCCCGAACUGGACUCUGGAAACAUGGCAGUCAACAUGGUGUACCAGAACCAAAUAGUGGAGUUCAUUCUUACUGAGUGUUCGGAGAUUUUUGGGCCUGAGGGUAAAUAAAAAUAGAGGAGGGCGGCAAGUAAAGCAGAGAAUGGUAUACCACUUUUUAACAAAGUCCAUGCAAAUGGUUAUAUUUUCAGAUGUUUUUGACAAAAUUGUGUUGCGGUACAGCAGUGGACAGCCCUUGUCCCUAGCCAUUGACAGGUUAUUGGUUAUCAAUUCAUUGGCAACAAGUGAACACCAUUAAACCUAAUAAGGUUGACACUGGAAUGAACACUGUUUCAGUAACUGUACCUACAUGUCUGUACAUUGCAGAGAUGACGGGAAAGCAAAAGAGAUUUUUAGUUGUGUUUUUAUUUUCAUGGCGUUUGUAUGAAUGAAACUGUAUGAGAUGCACAUUGUUAAGACAACCUCUGAUAAGGUCCUGUUUUUACUAUGAGCAAUAGACUGGCUGUGAGAAAAGAAGCCAGAAAUGUGUAAUAGAUAUGGAUGUGAAUGUAAAUAUAACAUAAAGGAAUAUUUGACGCUUUGGAUCUCCAUUCAGAGGAAAGAAUUGCAUGGUUUCUUUAAAGGUCAUAAUGAUACAAGAUAAAUGUGUGUUCUUAAAGUAUUUUUCUUUUUCAAACUUAUUUUGUGGAAGUCUUAGAUUGAAUUUGUAAAAUAGCUUGAAAUAGUUUUUCUUUUUUAAAUUCAACAAAAUGUUUAAUACUGAAUUUGUUUUUGAACAUCCGGUCUCUUUAUGACCGUUGUCCAUACCUUUUCUAACUUGCAAAAUGAAUGAUGUUCAAAUAUAUUUAAUUGCAUGCAGCUCCCUCUGUGGAAACAGUAAUAGAUGGACACUCUAGUGAAGUAAAGGUUCACUUUGGAUAAAAUUCUCUGUAUCACCAAUGUACACAAUAUGUAAUA